AUCUAUUACAUUUUACAAUUUUCUAGAUUAUAUUUUACGACCUUUAAUAAAUUGAUCAUGUAUUUUUUAUUUUUAAAAAACAACCUGUCUAUCAUUUACCGUUUGUUUAAUCAUCUUUCACCACCCAUGCCAUCCAAUUAAUUAAUAACAGUUGAUUGUUCGAAACAUUAAAGAAUGUCAGUGGUUAAACUCCCCGGUCACGUGAUUAAUUUUCUUCCCAUAAUUUAAGAACAGACGGUGAAAAGCGAUUAGGACGAGCAUAACACCGUUUGUUAUAAUUGAAAUCGCUAAGAAAUAGAAUGCACUCAUAAGGAGUCUCACAUGACUAUUGUUCCAGAGGAAGUGAAUUAAGAAAAGUUAGUGAAUGGAUAAUUUCUCAAUGUUUAUUGGUAUUCAAUUCUUAUCCCAUUUUAUAAAUAUGUCACGUAACAAUUAACUCGACUAUUUUAUAUAUGCAUUUUUUUUUUUUGGAAUUUAUGAAAAAAAAUUUAUGAGAAAGAUAAUGGAUUAUAUAAAAAAAAAUAAUACGUUCAGUCUUAGGCACUGCCGAUUUCGCCCAUCGACAGCAAUAGGUCGAAGCGUAAGCAUCACGCCAACGGCAGCCCUACUAGGUCAAACUUAAGAGGAGAGACCAAACUCCGGCAGCGUGGCCUUUUCCUUUUCCCCAUACUUUCCCUCGCCUGUUUUUCGUGCGCUCGACUGGAUUCGGCUCCAUUAUUCAUCCCUCCUCCUUCGAUCCCUGGGAUCACGAGAAGGAGGACUGGAUUCUCUCUGCGCUCCGUUCAUUGCGAUCCUUUUCGCUUUGAAUGGAUUGAGCCUCGAUGUUUGUGAUCCACUCGAGGAAGGAUUCGCUCGGGAGUGAGCGAAGCGGCGGAUCGGGGGAAACCUCCGCGGAUCCGUCGGCGAGGGCCGGGAGCGGUGGGUUCGGCUGCGCGGCUGGGCUGGAGUGCUUGCUGGGCGUCGUCAGGGCGCUCUGGCUGGAUUCCUGCCUGUCGUCGGAUGAUAGGAGCAGCGCCUCCUCUGGUGUUUCUUCGUCGCAGGAAAAGAAGCCCCUGAAGGGGGCGAGGAGGAGGAAGCGGGGCUCCUCCAGGAGGGAGGAGCAGCUCCAUGGGAUCUCUGGGAGGAUGUUCUUGAACGGGGCCAGUGAGGUCGCUUCGCUUUUCACCCAGCAAGGGAGGAAGGGAAUCAACCAGGAUGCCAUGCUCGUUUGGGAGAAUUUUGGGUCAAUGAAUGACACCAUACUUUGUGGAGUAUUUGAUGGUCACGGGCCAUAUGGCCAUAUGGUGGCUAAGAGAGUAAGAGAUAUACUCCCUUUAAAGCUGACUUCCAGUUUGGAAGGAUCUAUAAAUAAUUCUGGAAACAUCAAUCCAGAGGCAAGUUCAACUUUAUCCCUCCAUGAGGAGCUCAAGGAUUCUAUAGAUUUUGAAGAGAAUGGAGAGUGCUCCCAGAUGCUGAGGAGACUUGAAAUUCCUUUGCUAAAGGCUUUUAGGUUUGUGGAUAGAGAACUGAGACAGUAUAACGAUAUAGACUGCUCCUACAGUGGGACAACUGCAGUUACUUUGAUUAAACAGGGUGAUGAACUUGUUAUUGGAAAUGUUGGAGACUCAAGAGCGGUGCUUGGAACUCGGGAUCAAAAUAACUCAUUGAUUGCAAUUCAAUUGACUGUGGACCUUAAACCAAAUCUUCCAGGCGAGGCAGAAAGAAUAAGAAAGUGCAGGGGCAGAGUUUUUGCUUUAAGGGAGGAGCCUGAUGUGACUAGAGUUUGGCUACCAGACAAGGACAUGCCAGGCUUGGCAAUGGCCCGAGCGCUGGGGGAUUUUAUUCUAAAGGAUUAUGGUUUGAGUUCUGUUCCAGAGAUAUCAUACAGGCACAUCACAGAAAGGGAUGAGCUCGUUGUCUUGGCUACUGAUGGGGUGUGGGAUGUCCUGUCCAACCAACAAGUGGUAGACAUUGUAGCAUCAGCUCCAGAUAGGUCAUCUGCAGCUCAUCUCCUCGUCGAGUCAGCUGUGAAGGCCUGGAAAGUUAAAUACCCUACUUCUAGAAUCGAUGACUGUGCCGCGGUAUGCCUCUUCCUCGAUGUAAAUCCACCUCCGAUUUCCGACAACCACACGCCAAAUGGAGUUGAAGAAUCCCUCAUUUCCACCAGACCUGACUGCGAUGAGAAACAACGUUCAAGCCCAGUUGAGACAGAUGCAAACUGUCUACAUCUACCGGUUGAAGAUCCAGAGUUCUCUAGCUCUGAGAACCAAGAAUUGUCUUCCAACAAAUAACAUGACCUCAAUGCAAACUGAUGAUUGUUCUGGUCAUUGAAGUGUUCUUCGCAUGGAUGCGUUGUAUCCUUUUUGCAGUUUUAUUGCGAGGAUAAGCUUCCAUCAAGUGUUAAAGACUGUCAUCCUAUCCAGUGUUUCUGCUAGAAGAUAGCACCGGCUUUAUUAGCAUGACCGGAUGUUCUCUGUCAUAGUGUCAUUUGCUUAUUAUAAGCAUGGUUGAUUUCCAUAUUUUACGUUUUCUAGGGAUCCAAUUUGAUCGUGUUAUAGUUUUGUUCCUCUGUUAACUAUCAUUUAUAGCUAUUCUAUUUUUACAUAUUUUUAUCUGUAUUC